CAAAAAAAUCAUCCUACGUUGUGUCGGUUUUUGCUUUUGUACUCUUCAUCUUAAGAGAGCCUCUCUCUUGAUUUAAGAGAUUUUCUUAUUUUAGGGACCUCUCCCCUUUGUAAGGUCCUUAAAAACGCAAAGCGACACAGAAGCCGAUCGAUGGAUCGAUCGCAGAUCCCCUUGACAGGUGCAUUAUUCCUCACUUUCUCUUGCCCAAGGACAUUACAGUCAAUUUACAUGAGGUAUGAGGUAGUAUUGUGACAACUGCUUGGUAGCCCGGCCAAAUCUAAGAUGGCGAACAGUUUUGAGUGGCCCUGGCAAUAUAACUUUCCUCCAUUUUUCACGCUUCAACCGAAUUUAGACACCCGAAGGAAGCAGAUAGAGGGCUGGUGUGAUUUAGUACUUGCUUACUACAAACAUAACAAAAACUACAUUCUCGAUGUCACGGAAGCACAGACCAGCGAAUUAUUUUGCAACAAGAAAAUUGAUCGUAAACUGUCCAUAGAUGCCAUCAAUGUUAUCUUAGAAGAGCUACAGUCAAAAGGCAACAUUGAAUGGGAAGAUAAGAAAAAACAGAGAUGUUUUGUCAUGUGGCGAACGCCAGACGAAUGGGCUGCACUGAUCUUCAAAUGGGUGCAAGGAAAUGGAAUGACAGACACUGUGUGUACAUUAUUUGAGCUAAGAGCUGGAGAUGACACUGUAAAUGAAGAAUUCUAUGGUAUAGACAUGUGGAUGCUAAAGAAAGCCUUGAGUCAACUUGAAGCCAAAGGAAAAGCACAAAUGUUCGAGGCUCCUGAUGCUUCUGAUGAAAGUGGUCUGGGAGUUAAAUUUUUUUCUUAGCAAGCCAAGACAGAGACAUAAUAAAAGUUGUGAGGAAAUGGUCUCCCUCUAGACGAUAACGGGUGGAGUGAGUUUCCUUACAAGUAUUUUCUCCGUACAGUGGCCAUUUUUGAGGUCAGAGCCAUCUGAAUGGUAGCGAUUAGGUUGUAGAUGUAUCCAGGGGGACUUCUUACCCUGUUAGCACCAACUAAACUAGUUUAACUAAAAUAGGUUUAGGUUUUUCCUGUUUGUCAAUAAUAUUAUGCUUUGUAGUCACUUUGAGAAGACAAAUUUCAAACCACCUUGCUAACAUACUUUAUUCAAACAGGUUUUUACCUUGUUAAGUUGUGGGGUGUGUAUGGAAUGAACAACUAAUUUUCAACCUCGUUUAGCUAAACCACUUUUAAACAUGUUUAGCAUGUUGCUGUGAAUGGGAGAUUCGUCAAAGGUAUGGAAAGGCUUGCCAUAAAACGCUGGUCAAACAAUAUGAAUGAACCCCCUAAAAGAAAGAAAUCUGGGCUUGACCCAAGUCAUACUUCACCCUUUACAGAUAGCGUUAUUUUUAAAAAAGAGAAAGAGUUUAUUUAAUAGUCAACUGUGAUUUCAAUAGUCUGUUGGCAGCCGGUUUUUUUCUCUAAGAGUCACUAGGACGAGUGUUUAGUUAUCACGAAUGAAAAAGGGCAGUAUGGCGGUGGCUGAGUGGGGAAGAAGGUGGGACAAGGGCAGUAUGGCUGAGUAGGGAAGAAGGUUCUUGUGCGUGCCACACCCAUGUCUCGUCCCAUUCCCCUUUAGCCAAAACGUCUCGCCUCAUAACCCCUGCUGAAUUUCAAGAGAAAAACAGACUGCCAGCAGUCUAUGAUUUUAAUGACAAUAAAGACAUUUUCAUCUAGUGCCUUUGUCUAUGAAGAAAUGUUAAAGAUUUCAAGCCACAUAAAUAAGCCAUCAACUCAGUACGACAGUUCUUCUUUGUUUUCAAAAUUAAUGCAGCUCUGAAAGAUACCUUGAUGGGUAAAAACACUGGCUGGGAGCAUUCUGUCCAGAACAACUUAAGUGAUGAAUAUCAAAAUUACAAUACACCCUUACGGGAGACAACCAGUAUUCCUAUCUCUUUCACAUGGAAAAGCCCCUCCUCUGACGAUUUGUACAAAGAAACUGAUGAACUGGACUAUUAAUGAUGUACUAUCUGACUGCAAUGUUUCUAUAAUGUUAUAAACAUUUGUACUAUUUUUGACCAGAAAGGGAUGGAAAAUGAAAAGUCAAAAAACAAUUGUCACAGUAAUUCUUCCACUCCUUAGUGUCUUCAAAUUUGAGGAAAAAAUAUUAUUCCAAAAUUGUAUUUUGCAAAAUAUUCAAGAACAUAACAACACAAGUACUUGAGUAGCUUUCAGCCCAGAAUAAAGUUUGGGACUUGUAGAUACAUGUAGUAUUACUAAAUGUAACACUUCACUGUGGAUUGGUGAAGAUUUCACGGAAAAUACCUGAGUUGUAAAUGUUAAUGGAAAAAAACUUGACAAUAAAAUUGAUCAGUUUCAAGAUUUUGUUUA